AUGGCGGCCCCCUUUCCUUCCGCCGAUAGCGAGAGCGCCGCCUCAUCGACCUCGAACGUCAAACCCGUCCCCUCCAACCAGGGUGGAUGGCACAUUGCAGAUGGAGUGCGGCGGUUGGCAGGCGUCGACACAGACACGGAGAGACAGCCUAAGAAACUCGGCGUGUCCUGGAGCGAACUUACUGUGAAAGGUGUCGACAGCAAUGCCACAUUCAACGAGAACGUGGUAUCUCAAUUCAACCCCUUCCAGAAGAGUACCAAGGGCGAGCUGAAGACAAUCAUCGACAGUUCCCAUGGAUGCGUCAAGCCUGGGGAGAUGUUGCUGGUUCUUGGGCGUCCCGGAGCUGGAUGCACGACUCUACUCAGUGUCCUCGCCAACAAUCGGCUUGGCUUUAAAGAAGUUACGGGAGACGUCACCUUCGGAACCAUGUCCCCCAAAGAGGCAAAAGCAUACAGCGGCCAGAUCGUGAUGAACACCGAGGAAGAGGUCUUCUUCCCGACAUUGACUGUCAAAGACACCACCGACUUUGCUACUCGCAUGAAGUCUCCUCGCAAUCUCCCUGCCGGGAUCAAAACCCAGGAGGAGUACGCUGAGGAGUACACAAAAUUUCUCAUGGAGUCGGUCGGCAUCUCCCACACGGCGAAGACGAGGGUAGGAGAUGCCUUUACUCGCGGCGUCUCCGGUGGAGAGAGAAAGCGUGUGUCCAUUAUCGAGUGCCUUGCCACACGUGCGAGCAUUUACUGCUGGGACAACUCAACCAGAGGCCUCGAUGCCAGCACCGCCCUUGGGUAUAUCAAAGCGAUCCGGACCAUGACCGACAUUCUUGGACUCUCGACAAUCGUCACUCUGUACCAGGCGGGCAACGCCAUCUACGAACAGUUCGACAAGGUGCUCGUCCUCGACGAAGGCAAGCAACUUUACUACGGACCCCGACAGCACGCGGUACCGUUCAUGGAACGCCUUGGCUUCGUAUGUGAGGAUGGCUCCAAUCAAGGCGACUUUUUGACAGGCGUGACUGUUCCUACCGAGCGACGGAUCGCCCCUGGAUGUGAAAAUUCGUUCCCUCGGACGGGCGACGAGAUUGCUGCAACCUACGACCGAUCGGAACUCAAGGCAAGAAUGCUUGAAGAAGCUCAAAGCUAUCCCACAAGCGAAGCAGCAAGAGACUAUACCACCGCCUUCCAGGAGCGAGUUGCCGCAGAUAAACACCAAGGCAUAAGGAAAUCUCCUGUCACCGCAAACUUCUUCAGUCAGGUACGGAUUGCUACCGUCAGGCAGUACCAGCUCAUAUGGGGAGACAAGUCUACAAUGGCCAUCAAACAAAUAUCCACCCUCGUCCAAGCUCUCAUCGGUGGAUCCCUCUUCUACAACGCUCCCGCCAACAAUCUCGGCCUCUUCAUCAAAAGCGGAGCCAUAUUCUUCUCGACCUUGUACCACGCUCUGAUGGCUCUCGGCGAGGUCACAGACUCUUUCACAGGCCGGCCGGUCCUAGCAAAGCAUCGCUCUUUCGCUCUGUACCACCCAGCUGCCUUUGUAAUCGCUCAGGUGGUCGCGGACAUUCCUAUCUUGCUGUUCCAAGUCGGACAGUUCAGCAUCGUUCUCUACUGGCUGGUCGGUCUGAAGGCCACCGCUUCAGCUUUCUUCAUCUUCCUGCUCAUCGGCUACAUGAACGCCCUGACUAUGACACAAUACUUCCGCGCAAUUGGCGCUGCUUUUCCAACAUUCGACGCGGCUACCAAAGCCUCUGGUCUGUCGUUUGUGGCCUUCUUCAUGUAUAUGGGCUACUUCAUUAUCAAACCCUCGAUGCAUCCGUGGUUCGUCUGGAUCUACUGGACCAAUCCGAUGGCCUACUCUUUCGAGGCUCUGACAUCGAACGAAUUCCACAACACCUUCAUCCCCUGCGUCGGCCCUAACCUCGUUCCAAGUGGGCCAGGCUACGACUUCGGCCCCGGCGGACAGUCUUGUGUCGGUGUCACUGGCGCUCUGCCAGGAGACACCGGCCUAUCCGGCGAUUCAUACCUCUCUGCCUUGUCCUACUCUCACUCACAUCUAUGGCGCAAUUUCGGCAUCAUCUGCGCCUGGUGGGUCUUCUUUGUCGCAGUCACCAUCUUCUUCACCUCUAGGUGGAAGUUGGCUGGGGAAGGCGGCCGUGGCCUGCUCAUACCUCGCGAAAAGCAGCGCCAGGCGAGACAUCUACUGCGUGCUGAAGACGAGGAAACACCCGUCUCGGAGGAGAAGAAGCUGGACUCUGGCUCUCAGUCCGAUGGCAAUGUCGAAAGUGACCUUCUCCGCAACAAGAGCGUCUUCACUUGGAAAAGCUUGAGCUACACCGUCAAAACCCCCGACGGCGACAGGGUCCUGUUGGACAACGUUCAAGGGUAUGUGAAGCCUGGCAUGCUUGGUGCUCUCAUGGGCUCUUCAGGCGCCGGCAAGACGACGCUUUUGGACGUUCUGGCACGGCGCAAGACCCAGGGUACCAUCAAUGGCUCUGUCCUUGUCGACGGAAGACCCAUCCCCGUCUCGUUCCAACGCUCGGCCGGAUACGUAGAACAGCUGGACGUCCACGAACCGCUGACGACUGUUCGCGAAGCUCUCGAGUUUUCGGCUCUGCUACGUCAGUCCUCCGAUAUCACCGACGAGGAGAAACUGCGAUACGUCGACACCAUCAUCGACCUCCUGGAGUUGAAUGACCUCGAGCACACCCUAGUCGGCUUCCCAGGCUCAGGGUUGUCGGUUGAACAGCGCAAGCGAUUGACCAUUGGCGUGGAACUGGUCGCCAAGCCCAGCAUCCUGAUCUUCCUCGACGAGCCUACAUCAGGGCUGGACGGCCAGGCUGCUUUCAACACCGUGAGGUUCCUCCGCAAACUCGCAGCAGCCGGCCAGGCUGUGUUGGUCACCAUCCACCAGCCCUCAGCUCAACUCUUUGCGCAGUUCGACAACCUGCUUCUGCUCGCCAAAGGCGGCAAGACCGUCUACUUCGGAGACAUCGGCGAGAACGCAAGCACGAUCAAAGACUACCUGGCCCGCCACGGUGCGCCAUGUCCAUCUGGCGCAAACCCCGCCGAGCACAUGAUCGAGGUCGUCACCGGCGCAGGAGACGGCGAGAUCAAAGAUUGGAGCGAGAUAUGGCUUGAGUCUCCAGAACAAGCCAAACUCACGAGCGAAAUCGACGGCAUGGUGGAAAAAGCAGCGGCCGAACCCUCGACGGUCAACGACGACGGCAACGAGUUCGCGACGUCGAUCUGGACGCAGAACAAGCUGGUGACAAAACGGAUGAACAUUUCGUUGUUCCGGAACACCGAGUAUGUCAUGAACAAGUUCGCGCUGCACGUGCUCCUGGCUCUGCUCAACGGGUUUACGUUCUGGAUGAUUGGAGACUCUCUCAACGAUCUGCAACAGAACCUGUUCACUGUCUUCUCUGUUAUCUUUGUAUCGCCGGGCGUCAUUUCGCAGCUUCAGCCGCUGUUCAUCGAACGGAGAAACAUCUUCGAGACACGGGAGAAGAAGAGCAAGAUGUAUCACUGGGCCCCGUUCGUCACCGGCCUGAUCGUUUCGGAGUUCCCAUACCUCAUCAUCUGCGCCCUACUGUACUACGUCUGCUGGUACUUCGCGCCUGGUCUCAACACGUCGCCGUACUCUGCGGGCAGCGUCUUCUUCGUCAUUGUGGUCUACGAAUUCCUCUACACAGCCAUCGGUCAAGCCAUCGCCGCCUACACUCCCAACGCUGUAUUCGCCUCGCUAGUAAAUCCACUGGUCAUCGUGACCCUCGUCUCCUUCUGCGGCGUCACCGUGCCGUAUAGUCAGAUCCAGCCGUUUUGGCGAUACUGGCUCUACUACAUCGACCCCUUCAACUACCUCAUGUCCAGCCUCAUGGUCUUCACCACCUGGUCGAAACCCGUGCGCUGCCGCCCGAACGAACUCGCCCUCUUCGACCCACCCGCAGGCCAAACCUGCGCCUCCUACCUGCAAGCCUACCAGAACGGCAUGGGCGCAGCAACGAACUUGCUAAACCCAAACGCCAGCUCGGGGUGUCAGGUGUGCCAGUACACCACCGGAGCGGAUUACCUGCGGACGUUGAAUUUGGAGGAGAAGUAUUUUGGAUGGAGGAAUGCAGGGUUGGUGGUGGUGUUUACCGUGGGGAUUUAUGGGUUGGUGUUUUUGUUGAUGAAGUUGAGGACGAAGCAGACGAAGAAGGCGGAGCCGUGA